CCCUUUCUAUGUGGAGCCCGUUUCAAUGGAGGUGCCCCGGUGCGCCGCUGCGGCUGCUGCUUAGGCGAUCGGCGGGCUCCUAAAGGUUGACCAUGGUGGCCGCCAUCCGCUCCCUGCUCGCGCUGCUGCUGUACCAGGUGCUGCUGGGCGGCUCGGCCGGGCUCAUCCCGGAGGUGGGCCGGCGGCGGUUCAGCGACUCGGGCCGCGCCGCCCCGCAGGAGCUGCUGAGCGAGUUCGAGCUGCGCCUGCUCAACAUGUUCGGGCUGAAGCGGCGGCCGAGCCCCAGCAAGAGCGCCGUCAUCCCGCCCUACAUGCUGGAGCUGUACCGCCUGCAGGCGGGCCAGCAGCUGGGCCACUCCGCCCCGGGCUCCCCGCUGGAGAGAGCCGCCAGCCGCGCCAACACGGUCAGGAGCUUCCACCACGAAGAAGCUUGGGAAGAGCUCCCAGAAGCAAGUGGCAAAACAACACGGCGUUUCUUCUUUAAUUUAACUUCCAUCCCUAAUGAGGAAUUUCUCACCUCGGCCGAACUUCAGAUUUUUCGGGAGCAGGUGCAGGAAACCUUUGAGAACAAUAGCAGCUACCAUCACCGUAUUAAUAUUUAUGAAAUUAUAAAGCCAGCCACAGCCAGUUCUAAGGACCCUACCGCAAGACUUUUGGACACCAGGUUGGUGCAUCAGAAUGCAAGUAAAUGGGAAAGCUUUGAUGUAACACCAGCUGUAAUGAGGUGGAUUGCACAUAGACAGCCUAAUCAUGGGUUUAUAGUAGAGGUGGUUCACUUGGACAAUGAGAGCAGUGUUUCCAAGAGGCACGUUAGGAUUAGCAGGUCUUUGCAUCAGGAUGAAGAUAGCUGGUCUCAGCUCCGGCCGUUGUUAGUAACUUUCGGCCAUGAUGGCAAGGGACACCCUCUCCAUAAAAGAGAGAAACGCCAAGUGAAACACAAACAGCGCAAACGCCACAAAUCCAGUUGCAAAAGACAUCCUUUGUAUGUGGACUUCAAUGAUGUAGGGUGGAAUGACUGGAUUGUUGCCCCACCAGGAUAUGGUGCCUUUUACUGCCAUGGGGAAUGCCCUUUCCCAUUGGCAGAUCACCUAAACACCACAAACCAUGCCAUUGUUCAGACUUUGGUCAAUUCCGUGAAUUCCAAAAUCCCUAAGGCUUGCUGUGUUCCGACAGAACUGAGUGCUAUUUCGAUGCUCUACCUUGAUGAGAACGAAAAAGUUGUAUUAAAGAACUAUCAAGAUAUGGUUGUGGAGGGUUGUGGGUGCCGCUAAAUAUAUUAGACAAAUACAAAAAAAGCUGACACUUUAAUAUUUCCCAAUGAAGACUUUAUUUAUGUAAUGAAAUGGAAAGAAAAAAAUACAACUAUUUUGAAAAUUUAUAUUUAUGUCCACAAAAUUUGGGAAAACAAAUAUUUUAAUCAGAGAAUUAUUCCUUUAAAGAUUUUAAAUGUAUUUUAGUUGUACAUUUUAUAUGGGUUUAAUCCCAGCACAUGAAGUAUAAUGGUCAGAAUCUUAUUUUGUAUUUAUUUACUAUUAUAACCACUUUUUAGAAGAAUAGCUAAUUUGUAUUUAUAUGUAAUCAAAAGAAAAAAAUAUAGGGUUUGUACAUAAUUUUCCAAAAUUUGUAGCUGUUUUAAUUGUGUGUAUUUAAAUUGAAAAGAAUACAUGGAAGGUUACUAUGGCAAAGUGCAUAGCACAUUUGCUUUCUGCUGUGCUACUGUUAAGGUCACAAGUUCAAGUCCAGAAAAAAGUGGAUAAUCCACUCUGCUGACUUUCAAGAUUAUUAUAUUGUACAAUUCUCAGGAAUGCUGCAGGGUGGGCUGUCCAAUCCAUGAGAACUGGCAUCCUCUUUAGGUGGAACAUUUGGAUAAGAACCAGACAUUGCUGAUCUAGGGUUCUGCUAUUCCCAACUCAUUUGCAGAGUGAAUACAAGCAGGGCCAAUAGAAAUCUUUAGGAAAAAAGGCUGAACUCUUCUUAGACCUACAGAACAGUUGAAUGUUUGUCAUUCUUCUCCUUUUACUAGUCUUCUCAUUUAAAUCCUUAUCCUGGCCAAAUAUUAAAGAAUAAAAUAUUUCUUUUCUUGUGUGUGGUGAUAUGCUAAAAAAGGAACAAUUUUAUUUCUGCUGGCCCUUGUCUAACAGUUGGGAAUACAAUUACUUUUUUUCUUACCUCAAAUGAUAGCACAUUUUAUGUGGAAUGCUAUAGAGAACUGAUCUUCAAACUUUACCCUAAAAGUACAGCAAACUAUUGUUAUCUGUAGGCUCUAUCUGCUUUCAGCUGCUGGUUUUGCUGACUCUGGGAGUAGUUUUGUCUUUCUUUCCAGGCUCUUGUGUUGUUUUUUUUUUGUUUGUGGUUUUUUUGUUUUUUUUUAAAAAUUUUCCUGCCAAAUGUUAAACCGAUUUCAGAUAAUAAAUAGAGCUCUGACAUUUCAUUCUGCAAAGUCCCAUCUGUAAGAGCAAAUGGUUCAUUCACAAAGAUAAACUGGGUUUUCUUGCUUCUUAAAUUCAUUUUAAAUUCUCCAUUAAGAAGGGCAAAAGCAUGAUUUGCCGUUGGCAAGCAAGGCAUUAAUCGCAGCUCCUACUUGGUGUAAUAGUUUGCAAGUAACUUGCAGAAGAUAAGAGGAUACAGAGGCUGGGUUUUUGUUGCAUUGGAAGCCCAGCCAAAUAUUAGACUUUAAAAAUACCUGAGAUUGGCUUCUUGCUGAUGUAUUGUAAGUUGGACUGAAGCCAAGUGCAGAAUGAAGUCAAAUUAGCCUACUGGUAGUAAGUUCAUUCUUACAUUCAGAACUCUUAGCUCUUAAAAGCUAUAAAAUUGGCCAUAGAAUAAUGAUUCUGUGAUUAUAUCCUCCAGGAACUUUGAAAGUUGCUUUUUUUUUGUGUGUUUUUAAAUCUAGUUAACCAAGGCCUUUGCCUGAAGGUGGCACUUCAAAGCCAAGAGGGCAGAUAUCCAUCGAUGGACCUUUUUAGGUCCGCAUCUGAAAUAUCAGAUGCCAACCAGUCACUAACUUUUUUUUGUUUUUGAACUAUAAAUAAUACCAGUAUGCUACAAUGGAUGUACUAACUGGGCUUGUGGGUGAAAAGAUUUCUAAAUAGACAAUAUCUUUAAGGCCUGUUUAAAGAAUAAUUCCUCUCCCUCUGCCCCAGAUAAAGCUGCAAAUGCAAUUGUUAUUAGACGGGACAGGAGAGAAAAAUUAGAGUAAUUACCGGUUGGAUGCUGCCUUUUUUCUUUUUUUGUGAGCCUAAAAUACACCUUUUUACCCUGAUAUAAUGCUGUC